GGUUUCGCUCACAGCUGGGAAAGCGGAAUGGCGCGUCCUGGCGGGAUUUGCCGUCCCUGCGCUCCGCUUCCGGAAUUAUAAACCGGGGAUGAUAAUAAGAGCACCGACCUCCUACUUGUGAGCAUGAAGCGGGCUCGAGCUGGUUACGGAUUUAGCAAAAGGAAUGGGAUAUAACGAGUCUAUUAAGUAUUGCCUAAUUAUUUUGGGGCUUUUAGUAAUUGCUGAUUGAAUAGAAUCAGGCAUGCAUAAGGCGUGAUCUUAAAGUAGGUGAUAAGCAACCCGAGAAGGGCAGUAAGUAAACGAGAUGUCUUUUGAAAGUCUCAUACAGUAACAGGGUAUCCGUAAAAGUUUAAAGAAGACUCAGGGAACGCCUAAGACUGGAAUACUACAUUUCCCAGAAAUCUCUAGGAGCCUACAACUCCCAAGCACCCCCUGGCCGCUGUCGGCUCCCGGAACAAGUGCACGUGCCGGCAGUCGGCGUACGUCAUGGCGGCCAGACGCCUCUUUGGGGCUACGUGGAGCUGGGCCCGCUGGCGGGCCCGGGAGCCCCUGGCCCCUGCCGAGCCUGGAAGACUCCUCGUUCGGGGUUACGCUAAGAGACCGGUCAUGAAGGGGGGCAAAGGCGGCAAAGGCGGCGUGGCCAGUGAGGCCCUGAAGGACCCAGACGUGUGCACUGACCCUGUCCGCCUCACCACACACGCCAUGGGCGUCAACAUCUACAAGGACGGCCAGGACGUGGUCCUGAAGCCAGACGCCGAGUACCCCGAGUGGCUGUUCCAGAUGAACGUGGGGCCCCCCAAGAAGCUGGAGGAGCUGGACCCCGAGAGCCGGGAGUACUGGCGGCUGCUGCGCAAACAGAACAUCUGGCGUCACAACCGGCUGAGCCGGAGCCGGAGGUUCUAGCGGGAGGGGGCCGUCCGCCCAGAGCCCCCGGGGCCUCCCCCGGCCCUAAAGGACGACCCAGACGCACGCCGCGUCCCUACCCGGCCCCCACACAGGACUUUAUAUUCCUGAGGAGAACAGAGUUUUCUGAGGACAGAGGAGGCCCCUGACCUGGCGCCUGUGUGGUCCCCACGGGCCACCCCUGGCAGCCCUGGAUGCUGCUGGGUGCUGCGGGUGGUGGGGGCGGGGGGGACCUCAGCCCCAUGGCUCUAGGGGCAGGGUUUCCUAGACACGUCCCUUCUUCCGGGUUGCAGGGGACUCGCGCCUCCAAACUAGCCAGACGUGAGAGUCUCUGAGCUUCAGAGACUCUGUCCAGGUGGGCUCGGCCUUCAGGCACGCUGCACUCGGGGGCUUCGGUGUCCAGACGUGCGGCUCCUUCUGGCUCUGGUCCCUGUAGCCCCAGGGGGUAGUUCUGCGGGGCGGGGGGGGGGGGGGGGGGGCUCCAGGACUCCCGGCUGACACCCCUGCUCGGUCAGCAAGCCCAGCCACAGGGAAGGCACUUCCUUUUCCUUCCCAUGAGCUCACAUGUUCUCUGCCUGGGCCAGUCGAGCCCAGGACCUAGGCCUCCCGUCCAUCCUCCUGUCCACUGCCUAGUUCUUGGGUCUCAGCCUCCCCUGCGCCCACCCCACCAGGAAACGCACCCGGGAGUCUUAAUCUGGCACCAUGAACCCGACCCUGAGUGAGAACCACAGCUCCCCGGUUCCUGACUCCUGGCCUGCGCGGCUGGGGGCAGGGGCCGGGGGUGAAGCCUGGGAGGGUAUGCGGUUGCAGGGGUGGCAGGAUGAGGGCGCCACCUGGGGGCUGGGCCAGGGCCCCUCCAGGCUCCUCUGCACCCUCUCGGCUCGCCGGGUGGGCGGGGCCGGGGGCUAAUUCUAGUCCCGGGAACCCUGGAGCCCUCAUCCUCUUACGAGGACUCUGCCAAGCGGAUUAUCUGCCCUCCCUGGUGGCCUGCCCAGAGCAGGUGGAGGGUCCCAGUCCUCCAUGGCUCUCAGGGUAGAAACAAAGCUGUGGUGGCCACAAGGCCUUGCCAGACCUGCCUCCUGUCGUCCGUUCCCCCCCCCCCCCCCCCCCCCCCCGUGGGCACCUCGCUGGCUUUCCUUCAGCCACAGGGGCCUCCUGGUUGUUCCUCCCACAUCCCAGGCCCGGUACUACCCCCGGGCUUUGGAUGUGCCAUUCCCUCUGCCCGGGUGGCUCUUCCCCAAGUGUUCUCUUGGCACCCUCUUUUAUCUCCUCCAGUCCUCUGAUGUCACCUCCAAGAGGCCCUCAACCACCCCUGGUAAACUGCUCUCGUGCCACACACUCUGGUUUGCCUCUUGUGGUCUUAUUUUCUCUCAACACUUAAACCAGCUGGUGUUUUA